AGAGGCGGUUACUCAUAGUCCGCUCAGUGUCAGAACGCAUUUCACCAGCUAAACACGUAAGGAACGAUUCGCUUCCGCACAAAAUCUAAGGGGAAUCCGCAUACUGUAGGUGACAUCAACAUUGCCAUGGAGGCGGGACUUGGUCAUGCAGCCAGUCCACCGCAACAUAUACUCGGCUACGCCAUACGGAGCCGCACACGCAUAUACUUCUCAUACAUAGUGCCCACUUGUCUGGCGCUGCUGGUGUACAUUGCACAGACUGCAUCCGAUUUGGCCCUCAGCUACCAGCUUUUCAGACAGCAUGCUCCGGGUUUUGGGGCUGGCACACUGGUGCUGGUGCUCGUACCGCCCGCCCUAACAUUCCUGCUGGUUAUCACGUCCCGGGAACAGCGCAGCAGCGCCAGCUCUGAUCAUAACAAGUGCGCUGCUCUUGCCCUUGGUUUGCUCCGGCUCAUGCUGUUCCCCUUUUUUGUUGUGUACAGGUUCUCAAUGCGCUUGUUUUGGGCCGUCGAGGCACUCUUCCACGACGAUGACGAUGUGGAGCGCAUGAAGUGCUUGGACAAGGCGACGCAGACCUCCAGCAUAGAGCUGUAUCUGCUGAUCCAAGCCUACGCCCAGGCAGCGCCUCAAAUAAUCCUACAGCUAUACUUUAUGCUUGAGCAGGACCUCUUUCGCAACUACGAAACCUCCGCCGUACAGGCCUUAUCCCUAGUCUUCUCGGCUAUCGAUUUGGCCGCCAUAACAACCAGCUAUCAUCGCAUUGAGAGCCAGCGUCGCGUGGGUCGCCAUUAUCCCUGGGCCACGCCACAACAGGUGGAGUCGCAUCGCUGCCAGCUUGAGCAAAACGAGCGCCUGUGCUGCGAUGCCGAGCGCAAGAAAAGGGAGUCGGAGCGCACAAUCGCCAGCUUCCCGGAGUCGGAGAGGAUCAUGGCCAACUUUCAUGCACGCCAGAGAACGGAUCCCGAUCCAGGUGUGGCCACUCACGAGGUGCAUGUGCGGGGAGAAGAUGAGGUCGACAAUGACGGUUUGGAACAGCUCGAGACGAAGGCCUUGCUGCACACUGGGCCAAAGGACAAUGCCACCGACGAUGACAAGCUGCAGGUGACGAGGCCCAAGCUGCGACUGUGGCAAAAGGAUCUAGAAGACCUUGACACUAUUGAAGUGCUGGACACAGUACCCGAAACACCACCACCACCUCCACCGCCGGUAACAGCACCGCCAGAACUCCCCGUACUAAAACCCUCUGAUGAUGGCCCUCCACUCCCUGAUCUGCGACGAACCGUAUCGGACAACGAGCACCGGCGGAGUCGUCGCGUCACCAGACCGCUCUCGCAGCUAGAAACGUUCAAGGACAUGCUGCUGAUCAAUGCGCAGCUGUACAUCAAGGAGCAUGUACCACGUCCGCCAAAGCUUCUUAUAGGACGGAUAAACGAGGAGCCUAAUGAGGAGCGUAGUCCGCUGGUGGCCCGAUCACCUGGAAUACAGACGCCAAAGGACACCCCGCUCACGCCCAAGGAUGUCGUGGACUUCUACUUCCCCCGGCCCACGAAAAUAGUGAACGGCAUUCAGCAGGAUGACUUUGCCGGCCGCACUGUUGCCUUCUUCGGCUGGAUUGCCUUCAUCACGAUGCGGAUGCUGGCUCUGUCCACGUUCUGCGUCUUCUAUCCCCGAGCCUUCUUCAUUGUGUUGGGCGUGCACUAUGCCCUAAUGCUGGCGUGCCUGGCUUUGGAGACGCGCUGUCGUGGCAGCUGGAACCGCACGCUAUUCUAUUUGCUUCUGGCCUACGUCUACAUCUUUGUGCUGCUGGAAUUUCGCGUGUGCUUCAAGAGCAUCCGGCUCUGGUAUGGCGGCUUUCUGAUGCUGACGCUGGUCGAGAAUAUCACCAUGACGGCCAUUUGGUAUGACAACGAGGAGUUCGAGUCCUGGUGGUUCGGCUUCAUCGGGGAGUGGAUAGUCUACAGCGGGAUUAUGUUCGUAGCCACCCUCAUAGUCUACUACUGCCUACUGAGACCCAGGGAUGUCUCUCUCAUCGUGGAGGACGCUGCGCCACCAGCGUCGGAACCCGAUCAAUCUGUUGCCUAGACGGUAAACUGUCGUUGCCCGGUG